ACCUCGUAGAACAGAACCCGCGGGUUGUGCGCUGCACUAAUUACUAUUGCAGUCUUCAGCAUGCGAGCUACUAAUUGAGCUACGUCACGUCAUUGCCGUUUUCUUGAUUAGCCUUCUCGUGUACAGAUACUAAUCCGCGCAUCCGUUGCUACUUUCACGGUGAUCAGGGUCACACUGGCGGAUAUGAGAGAGUUAGGCAGCGAACUAAGAGGAGGUAUUCAAUAGUCGCCUCCCGAACGUCUCUAAGAGUACUAAUUGCCGACAAUGACAAUCACUAGCCGUGUGUCCGUUUAUGCUGACUAAUACUGACCGAGGGACACUGACGAGUUGUUGUUCGUAACUCAGCAUCUCGCCGUUGCGUCUGACUCUGCGGCAUCUCACUAUCAGCAGCAACGGAAAGCAGGGUAUGACACGAGGCUUCCUAAGCUGGAAUGGCCCUACGUAUCGUCGCGUCUAGUCAGCUACUGACUGUCGUUCGUGACUCGGUAUCUCGUUGCGUCUGAUUCAGCAUCUCACUAUCAGCAGCAACGGAAAGCAGGGUGUGACACGAGUGCCUAGGCUGGAAUGGCCUCACGCAUCAACAAUGAUGCUGCUAAUAACGAAACGCUCCAUACCAGCAACGAUCAUGAGCAGUAUCACUACUGACUCCUAACGCUAGCGACUGUAGUGUAACAUAACCAAUUCACCUCGUUAAGAGGAGCUAGACUGCUGGCCUUAAGCAACCACGUCCUAAGGCGACUACGAAAGCAGCCAUGUCGAAGAAUAGACCGCCCGCACCGCUAAUCUCGUCCUUAAAGCCCGGAUUACCCCCGCCGCAUCCAACGGCCCCGGGAGGCCGACUGCAGCGCGCUCACAGCGAUGCUGCGAAGAAGGUUCAGUUCGCGACAGGUGGCAUGACGCCAUUGGAGGAACAGCUACACGACGCCGGAUCUGCCCAUGCCACGUCGGCAGGAGACAGUCAAAGGGACAAGGGGUCGUCAGGAGGUCUGAGGCGCACACAGACUCUUGACUCACACUCUCUGUAUCCCGACCUAGACAAGAUCAUGGGUUCUGAGGAGAAUGAGCAAGGCGUGGACUUCUGGAAGGUUCGAACGACGAGUCUGGAGGUGCGGAUCAAAGAGGCGGAGGACGCGCGGGCGAGCAUCACCUCCCGUGCCGUGGCUCUGGCAGCGCGCAACCACGAGCUGACGACCAGACUGAGGCAGAUGGAAGAGGAGGGUGACACAGCAGCAUUUGCUGCCCUAGAGCAGCAAUUGACAGACGUCAAGCUCCGGCUAGACCGGGCCCUCAACGAGUGCUCCUCUCUCGCCGGGAACACCAUCGCCAGCAGCAGCAGCAGAGCAGCAUUUGGCGCCAUGGGGCUGGAUUCUUCUGGCAAUAUCAACGGUGGAGAUCUAACCACCCUGGGGUUGGGGUCUGCUAGGCGGAUGGGCGGGUUGAAUCUUCAGGUGGCCUUGGAGAGGUCGCCUUUUAUGAUUGCUCACCUGGAUACGACCCUGAGAUACACCUGGGUGUUCAACCACAACCUGCUGAUGAAUCAGGACAUGAUAGGCAAGAGGGACUACGACAUCCUGCCACCUGGCACGCUGGGAUUGGAGGAGGCGAUGGAGAUCAAGCAGCGAGCGCUCGCCACCGGCAAGCCGCAGCGCGGCGAGGUGGUGUGGCAGCUUCCGGGAAAGUCCCCCAUGGUUUGGGUGACGACUGCUCGACCGCUCAAGGAUGAGAAAGGGAGGACCGUGGGGGUGACUACAUCCAGUGUUGAUAUCACAGAGGAGGCCCAGUACAAAGAGCGCCUCAUGGCCCUACGAGCCGAGAUGAUGGUGCGGAAUACAACAGAAAAAGAGUUAAGGCGGGCAUACGAGCUCACAGAGGACGCGAUGCGCGCCAAGUCCAUGUUCCUCGCCAUCAUGAGUCAUGAGAUCCGCACCCCCCUCAAUGGCAUCUUGGGUUUAGCCGAGGUUUUGCUGGAGUCUGGAGCCCUGGAGGAGGAGCACAGGGAGAUUGUCGAAACGAUGAUGUCAUCAGGCGUGAUCAUAUCGGAUAUUUUGGCUGAUAUCUUGGAUCUCGCGAGUAUGGAGGCCGGGGAAAUGAAGUUAGAGGAGCAUCCAUUCGAGCCGGUGGCGGUGAUUAAUCAUAUUUUGAAAAUGGCUAUGGCGGCUACUAAGGAAAAAGGGAUUAAAGUGCUAGCGGAUAUUUCCCCGGAGAUCCCUGUGCAGAUUCUAGGGGACGAGCUGCGCGUGCGGCAGGUGAUUAAGUACUUAGUCUUAAACGCUAUUAAGUUCACCCAUCAGGGGCAUAUUCUGCUCCGGGUUUCGGCACAUGACAGGGACCCCUCUGCCGCUAUAGUGAAAGCCACUGGGGCGUAUGCUGUAGGCGGUGGGAAAGGGAAGGGGAAAGCCGCAGCAGCAGCAGAGAGGGAGAUCGGGGGGGAUCAAGACGUGUGGCUGUGGUGCGAGGUGCACGACACUGGCGUGGGGAUCCCAAAAGACGCCUUUCCCCUCCUCUUUGAGAAAUUCACGCAAGUGGAAGGAGGCCCCACGCGGGCAUAUGGUGGCACAGGUCUCGGCCUGGCCAUCUGCAAGCAGUUAGUCGAAUUAAUGCACGGAAAAAUGGCGAUUAAGUCGAAAGUUGGGACCGGGUCGGUGUUUGCCUUUUCGGUUUGCUGCCAGCGCACCACCCCUCGCUCUCGUCCUGCCUCCCCCACAGGUGCUUCUGCUAUCGCUGCUGCAGUGAACGCCCCCUUCGGGUUCCCCAACAGUAAUUCUAUAUCCGGCCCCUCACCUGGCUCGGUGUCACGGGCUUUAUCCCCUGUUCGGGAGCAUAUGGCGCUGGUGGGGGGAGGGGGGGAGGAGGGAGAGGAGGAUUACACAGAGGAAGAGGAGGAGGGGGAGGAUGAGGAGGAGGAUUACGAGAGUGAGAAUACGGAAGACUCGCCGAUCGCCAUCACGCCCAAGCACUUGAGGAAACCAAGAGGAGCGGCAGCAGGCAUAGGAGCAGGAGGUGGAGCAGGAGGAGCAGGAGGAGCAGGAGGAGCAGGAGGAGCAGCAGGAGCAGGAGCAGGGGUGGUGGGCGGGGGUUUGGCGGGGUUGCUGGCCCGAGCCAAGGCAAUGAAAGGGGAGGCAGGAGGAUCAGGGGAGCGGCCAUCUGGGGGAGGCAUGAGUGGGGGAGGGGUGAUCGCAGCUUCCGGGUCGGUGCCCUCUCUGUCCCCUGCCUCGGCCAAAGGACCAGAGGCCAAGAUCCUAGUGGCUGAAGACAACCCGGUGAAUGUGAUGGUGCUGCUCUCAAUGCUCAAGCGCCUGGGGCUGCGAGCAACGGUGGCAAAGAACGGGGUGGAGGCGGUAGAGGCAGUGAGGAGGGAGCGGUUUGACCUGCUGCUGUCGGACCUCUGCAUGCCUCUCAUGGACGGGCUGCAGGCUGCCUACCUUAUCCGACAAUACGAGAGGACGGGGGUAUACCCAGAGGAGGAGGUGGAGAGGGCCAAGCACAGGGGAGCGCCCGCAGGGGACGAGAAAAAUGGCCUCGCCUGGCAACCCCCCUCUGACCUCCCUCCUGCCUCCUCCCUCCUCUCGCGUCAAGGGGCCCUCCCCCGCCUGCCCAUUAUAGCCGUUACCGCCAACGCUCUUAGGGAGGAUGAGGAGCGGUGCUAUGCGGUGGGGAUGGAUGGGUUCCUGGGGAAACCGGUGCAGUUUUCGAAGCUUAAAGAGGCUAUAAGUGAGUUUAUUGACAUCCCUGGGUCACGCCCGUUGGGAGCUGCUACUAUUGCUGGUGGUGGUGGUGGUGGUGUAGGGCGAGGGGGAUUUGGACCAUCUAUCUCCCAAUUGGGGGCACCAGGAGGGUUAGUAUCCAUGGGAAGUGGGGUGGCAGCGCUCCUAGCAGGCAUCCCCCCACAAACGGCCCCUUUUCCGGCCCCUUCGAAGCUCUCGAGCGACAUUCAGCGUCUUGUAGUGCCCACCCGCGCCAGCAGCUACAGCGGUUCUGGGUCUAUCACUGGGAGCAUGACAGAGACAGGGGACGAGGAGGAUUACGAGGAGGGGGAGGGGGAGUUUGGGGAGGAGGAUUACGACGGGGAGUAUGACUAUGAGUCAACGGUCUACUCCCCUAGGUCAGCAAGGCAUGCGAGGACGCCUGGAGCGGCUAGCACUGCACGCACGCCAGGAGGAGCGAGUAUGGCUAGGACCCCUGGAACGACUAGGAGCUUUCGGACGUCCAUGUUUUAUGAUAGGGAUGACAGGAGCGUGUAUGGGGGCGGGACUAGCGUGUAUGGGGGCGGGACUAGCGUGUAUGGGGGGGCAGAGAGUGUGUAUGGCGGCGCGGCUAGCAGCGUGGGCGGAUACAGCCGAGCCACAGGUGCUACAGGUGUUACUGGGGUAACGGGUGUUACGGGUGUUACGGGUGUUACAGGGGCGACGAGAGGUGGAGGAGGGAGGGCCAUGUCGAGACAGGAAGCAGCAGCAAGAGAGUCAGCCAUGCGCGAAGCUUACAACAGGUACUUUCUCAAUGCGGGUCUGCCCCCUAGCACGGCUGCUGCUGCAGCGGCUGCAGCAGUAGCAGCAGCGUCAACUGCUGCGGCCCGUGCCAGUGCCACCGGUGCUGGUGGCUCCCGUGCUGGCAGUGGUGCCUUCCCCAGGAAUCGAUCUAUCGCCGAGUCGUCCUACGUGUCUGGAAGGUCCUCUGGGGACGAGCUCUCGAUCUAUUCGAAGACCACCGGAGGGGGGGGAGGGAGGGGAGGUAUGGGCACAGUAACAGGCACCAGCAGCACCACAGGGAGUGAGAGUGGGAGUGGUACUGGUACGGGGUCGGAUGCGAGCUACGAGACGGGGAGAGGAACCGCUGAGUUGAAUGCUGAGGCUCAGCGAGUGGAGGGGCAGCAGGGGGGUUGUCAGGGGCAACAGCUGCCAAUAUAGCAGCACUGCGGUAUCUCACAGCCCGUGCAGGUGCUACUGGUGGAGGUGUUACUGGAGCAGGAGGUCUGGCAGGGGCUGGAAACCCUGCAGGAGCAGCAGGGACGGGUUAUAUCAAUAACAAUUACCCGUACCA